AUGGAACUCACACCUAUCAUCGUACGUGGCAAGAAAAGGAGACACUUGCACCCAGCACUUGCUGCUUCUAAAAGCAAGCCUCCGUCAAUAUCUGCACAAAACUCUUCAGCAUCUACAUCUCAGCUCAAACGACAACGAAAAACGAGGUCAACAGCCAAAAAGAAAGACGUCACGCCCGCUAUGCCGACACUUCAAGGCCUUCCCCAGGAGCUUCUGGAAAUAAUCUUCCUCUACAGCAUGAACACAGCGCUUCCACGCUGCUCACCGGAUCUUGGCAAAAAGCUCUCUGCUCACAAGGUAGCGAUGGACUUCACUAUGCAAGCCUUCUUCCACACAGUCGAUCACCGCACCAACUACCGGGACCGCCUUGUAACCAGCGACGCUUUGCUUCAAUCUGACAUCUUGACUUGCCGUUUCUUCACCUACGACUUCUUCCUAAGAUAUGUGCAGCGCGCCCAGGAUGCAAUGAUCAAGUUACGCGGCAAGGCCUGGGCAGCUACCGGAGUCACGAUUCCAGGUGUUUCCUACUUCGACGGACUGUGGCCAUACAAGUUUACUAAGAUCCCGCAUCUGGCUUUUGCGCAGGGUUUCCACGUACCGGAGAAGUUGCUACAUGGACCCUGGACUGUGGACAAAGCGUCGUUGCUUUACGUACUGGUCAGUCUGAACGGAGAGAUCGACUGGGAAGGUAGUAUGGCAGGUGAAGCGGCAAAGGCGGGAAUCAAAGAGGCUAUUAAAGAGGAGAACGAGCACGCCGUGGCAGCGCUUGCUGUACUUCUGGGUGUGCCAAAAGGUCUUACCACCGAAUUACUGCAGUACGCUGUCAUUCGUUGCGGUUGUAACAUUAACAUCAUCCGACACUUGCUCUUCAACGCGCAGAUUCUUGCCGAAGAGGCCCCAAGCACCUUGGAUUUCUAUGACCCGGCACUAUGGGCGUGGGCAGAUGUCAACGGCCACAAAGGGGAGACGCUCAAAGACAUGCUGAAGGAUGCUGCCGCGUUCGACCUCGAGUUCUACUUUGAAGACAAUGCCGACUGGCCCAAGAUUGUCCCCUUUCCAUAUGGUGGAAGCAAGUUUGAUGCAAGGACAGCGUUCAAUGGUGUCGUUAGAGAGCUGUUGACGAACCUUUACCGGAACUAUGGAAGGAAGAUCACACGGAGGAGGGCUAUGACGCCUGAGCAGAGAAAUGCAGAAGCACAUACCGACGAAAUGGGUGACGCCGAAAUCACAACGAGCGCCUGGAGGCUGGUCGAGGUCGGCCGUGUGGUCCUCUUCAACGAGGGUCCAUUCGAGGGCCGUCUCGCUGCCAUUGUCGAGAUCAUUGACCACAAGCGUGUCCUCAUUGAUGGUCCCUCAGAGAAGGCCCCCAUUCCCCGCCAGGAAGUCGCGCUCGCCAAGCUGUCUUUGACACCCAUUGUCAUCCCCAAGCUUCCCCGCGCCAGCGGUGUCGGCCACGUCGCGAAGAAGUGGGAGGAGCACAAGGUCCAACAAAAGUUCGACGAGAGCGCAUGGGCCAAGAAGCGUGCGGCUAUGCAGAAGAGGCGGGGACUGAACGACUUUGAGCGCUUCAAGGUCAUGAAGAUGAGGAAGCAGGCUCGCUUCGAGGUCCAGAAGACCUUCGCCAAGAUCCGCGCCAGCGCAAAGGCAUAG